GCCGCAAUGCCGACUCUGCGCGAACGGCCCAGCAGAGGCGAGAUCUCGCCCGCCAAGAAGGCGUCUCAAAAUUCUCCGACCGCGACGAGAUCGACCCCCAGAAAACGGCGACCCAGUAUGCCGGGCGACGCGAUCGAGGUGCGCGAGUCCAUUGAGGCCAAGGGCGACGUCGACGACGAUGUCGAGAUGGAGGACGCCGACAGUCCAGCGCGCAAAGACGACGGUGACGGCGACGCAGAUGCCAACGGCGAUGCGGAUGCGGAUGCGGAUGCCGAUGGCGAUGCAGACGCGGACGCAGAUGCAGACGCGGAUGCAGAUGCCGACGGCGAGCCAGACGACACCGCCGAGCAGGUACGACAAGAAGAGGACUGGCGCAACCUUCUGCAGCUCAUCAGGGACACGUCCGAGUAUCUGUGCCGCUACACAGUCAAAAUUGACGGGGAGGACCACGAGAUCGCCUCGGGAUUCCAGCGUUUAGUCAACAAGCGCAGCCUCCCAGACUACUUUGAGGUGAUCAAAGAGCCGAUGGCUUUCAGCACCAUUCGGGCCAAACUCGGCAAGAAGGUCUACACCAAGUUCAACGAGUUUGUGUGGGACGUCACGCGCAUAUGCCACAAUGCGCAGGUGUAUAACAGGCCGUCCGCCCCUAUCUUCUCCGAUGCCGGCCGCCUGAUGGACGUCUUCAAGGAGAAGCUCGCCGAAAUGGUGGCCGACGGCACUAUCUCCGCCGAGGAUGCUGAGAUUCCCGAUUUGGGGCCUUUGCCCGAGUUUGAGGACUCGCCCCCUCCUGAAGACGACGAGGAGGAGGCUGACGAGGAGGACGAUGAAGAGGAUGAGGACGAGGAGGACGAGGACUCUGACGAGGAGGGUGGCAGGCGCCGCUCGGGCCGGCGCCGCCGCCAGUCCGGGGCUAGGAAGGGCGCCGAAGAGGGCGAUGAUGCCCACAAGAAGCGCGGCAGACCGCCUAAAGUCUUCACACCCCUCGAGGCUCGGAUUCAGGCGAUUCUGAAAGGUCUGCGCCGAUUCAAAAAUGAGCGCGGCCAUCUGCGCAUCUCCCACUUUGAGAAGCUCCCAGACAAGGCUGAGCUGCCCGAUUACUACACCGCCAUCCGCAACCCCAUUGCGCUGGAGACCAUUAAGCGGAAGCACAAGCGGAAAAAGUACCAGACUGUCGACCAGGCUCUCCAAGAUCUGGAGCUUAUGUUCGACAAUGCCAAGCAGUACAACGAGGAAGGCAGCGAGGUCUACCAGGACGCCGUGGAGCUGGCCAAACAGGCACGCAUUCUGGCCGAGCAAGAAAAGGCGAAGUCCGACGACGAGUUUCGCGACGAAGAUGGGAAGCUGCCCCUGGCUAGCAUUGAGCACCGCGGGGAAACGUGGAGAGUGGGCGAUUGGGUCCACAUCCGGAACCCGAACGAUUUGUCGAAGCCCAUCGUAGCCCAGAUCUACCGAACAUGGUCGGACGCGUCGGGCCAGAAAUGGGUCAACGCAUGCUGGUAUUACCGGCCGGAGCAGACAGUGCACCGGUUCGACAAGCACUUCUACGAAAACGAGGUGGUCAAGACCGGCCAGUACCGCGACCACCACAUCGAGGACGUCGAGGACCGCUGCUUCGUCAUGUUCAUCACGCGCUAUCCUCGAGGUCGACCGCGCGGUCUACCGCCAGACAAAUCCGUGUAUGUGUGCGAGGCGCGGUACAACGAGGAGAAAUUCAAGUUCAACAAGAUCAAGACUUGGACGAGCUGCCUGCCGGACGAGGUGCGCGAGAAGGAUUACGAGAUGGACUUGUUUGAUGUGCCUCGGACCUUGAGGAAGGUGCCAAGUCCGAUCAAGCACCUCCUGCAGGCGGAUGCCAAAGAGACCGACGACCUCCCCAAGCCGACCUGGAGGAGCCCAAACGCGCCGCCCUUGAUUGGAGCGGUGCACCGGCGCCCUCGUGAGCCAAAUGAGUCGCCCCCCCCAGAGCCGAAUCCGCUGCCCGCGGUGGUUGCACCUGUGCCGCUCGCAAUUGCACCAACCCAGGUUCCCAUCAAAGCCAACGUCGGCGUCGUGGGUGCACCAGCCUAUCACCAUCCCGCUGCCGUCGCGCCUGCGCCGGCGCCGGCGCCCACGCAUUUCCAAAUGCAACACUUCCAGCCACGGCCAGUCCCGCCGCCUGCUCCUCACCAGGCACCGGUCCACCUCCAACCGCAACCGCAACCGCAACCGAUGCCGAUGCACGUGCCGCAUCCUGUGAUGCCCCAGAUGCAGCCAAGCCCGCAUUACCCACCCCAAGCGUAUCCACCGCAAUACGGAGUGCAGCCGCAGAUGGCUCCACCGCAGCCGAUUCAAUACCAGACAGCGGCCCACAUCGCGCCAGUUUUUGAUCAGCACCACCGUCCGGUGCAUCCCGCACCUCAAGCCAUGCCGCCGUCUCGCCCACCCAUGGCGCCCGCGCCCGCGCCCAGCAUGGCGGCGCUGCCGCAUGGCACUCCCCAGGGCGCCCACGUCUACAACGUCCCGCGCGCCCCCGAGGUCUACACGCUGGCCGAUAACGUCGACGCGACCAUUCCGCCGGAAGUGCGCGAGCAGUUCCAGCGCGACGAGGACGGCCGCGUGCUCUUCUUCACGGCGCCGCCGCUGGUCCGUCCGCAAAACCGUGUUGCGGAGCAGCACGCCGGCCUCGGCCACAGCGUCCGCCACCUGGCCACCAUCAAGCAGCUGCGCGAGGAGCGCGCGCGCAAGCGCAAGGAGCGCGACGAGGCCCUCGCGCGCGAGCAGGAGGACAGCAAGCGGCAGGCCGCGGCGCGGGAGGAGGACGCGCGCCGCCGCGCCGAGGCCGAGGCCGAGCGCAGCCGCCAGGCCGAGCUGCUCGAGAAGGUCCUGCUCGGCUGGGCCGCCGACAUGGACCGCGGCACCGAGAUGCUCGGCGACCAGCUCGGCGGCCUCGACAGCUGGAAGGAGAUGAUGCGCCGCAGCAGGGAGGAGACCGAGGGCAAGACGGACGAGGAGGUGCGCGUCGCGAACCUGCGCUGGCUCUUUGAUGAGCAGCUGCGCCGCGGCGAGAUCACGCUGGAGCAGAAGAAGCAGUAUGAGGACUGCUUUAUUCACCGGACGCAUCUUGAGAAGUGAUUUUUUUUUCUUCUUUUUGUCUUUUAGUCUGUUUCUCGCUAGGGUCACCACUGGAUGCCGUCCCAUUGUUCCGGAUGGGACUGGACUGGGUUUGGACUGGGUGAGCUUUGGAGUUGGUGUUGGACUCGGGAUGGAAAAUUCAAGGUAUCAGGGUCAGGGAUACCCCCUCUGCGCGGAGCGUUUCCGGGACUUGGGGAUGGCUGUAUCUGUUGCAGGCCGCCGGUGUUGUCCAUUUUGCUUCCGGUGUUUGCGGUCGCCAUGUACAAUUGUGCAUUUCGCUGUAGGGAGUGAGAGGGCAAUGAAAUCGAUGGUUUCUUUCUUGC